CAAACUUUUGGCCAAGGUGAACGAUGUAGGGCUGGGGUAGGUUUUAAUCUCACAUCCGAUGGGAAUUAUGAUAUGGUAAAUAAAAAACUGAAAAAUGUUGGUGAAGGAACUGCUUCCAGCGAGGUAAUAACAAAACAUCAAAUUGCUACAGCAAUGAUUGAUAAACAUAAUAAUAACCAGAAUAUUGAUUUUAAGAAUACUUACAAUGUCAUCAACAGCAAACAGCAAACAUUCAAUGAAAUGAAUGCAAUUAGAAAUACCCUUGUGUGUUACGAAGAUGUUCGUGACGUGUUCGUAAGUCGUAAGGAAUCUGUUUUUCCAAUGCAAACUCAUUUAGAUAUGGGAAACAAUUAUAUCUAUAACGUCCAGACACCCAUCAAUAACGAUCAAGGAGCAAAUAAAUCUUAUGUUGAUCAACAUGUAGCCAAAUUGCUGGUAUCUAAAUAUGGGUGAUAAUAAGAUAAAAGGAUUACCAACAACAAGUCAGGCUGGUGAUGAAGCUACCUCAAAAGCUUAUGUUGAGGAUAAUUUUUUUAAACUGUCUGGUGCUUCUUUAACA